AUGGCGCUGAAGCAGGCAACCCGGUCCGCCACAGUGGCUUUCAGCCCCACUGCACCUUUCAUUGCUGCGGGGACGAUGGCUGGGGCUUUCGACAUGUCCUUUAGCACUACUGCGUGCAUGGAAAUAUUCAAGCUGGACUUCUCAACCCCGGACUUUGAUCUGCCUCUGAUUGGGACCGCUCCCGCUUCUGAGCGGUUGCACAGAUUAUCGUGGGGUACCACUGGGAUUGAUAGUCAAUCGCUGCCUUACGGCAUGAUUGCGGGGGGUCAGUCCGAUGGUUCCGUGGCCCUGUGGAACCCUGCUAAGCUCAUCAAAGGAGGGGACGGUGCUGGAGAUGAGGUUGGGGAUGCUCUCAUUGGAAAAUUGGAUAAGCACAAAGGGUCGGUGAAGGGGUUGGAGUUCAAUACAUCCAACCCCAACUUGCUAGCCACAGGCGGUGAGGACGGAGAGUUGAACAUCUGGGAUCUUGCCAAGCCUGCGCAGCCCACGCUCUUCCCGUCUUUAAAGAGUGCAUCUGGCCCUCUUGGAGAGAUUUCAUACCUUGCCUGGAACAGAAAGGUCCCAAACAUCCUUGCAUCAACCUCUUACAACGGGACUUCAGUGGUCUGGGAUCUGAAGAAGCAGAAGUCUGUGAUCAGCUUUGCAGACCCCACAAGCAGGCGUCGUUGCUCUGCUCUUCAAUGGAAUCCUGAAGUGGCCACGCAGUUGGUCGUCGCCUCUGAUGAAGAUCGGUCCCCAGGGUUGCAAGUCUGGGAUCUGCGCAACUCAGUUUCACCCCUCAAGGAGCUGCAGGCGCAUUCUAGGGGGGUUUUGGCAAUGGCUUGGUGCCCCAGCGACAGCGGACUACUCCUUACGUGUGGAAAGGACAAUCGAACCUUGUGCUGGGACAUUAAUACAGGAGAGGUGCUCUAUGAGCUCCCAGCCAGCACCAACUGGAACUUCGACGUACAAUGGUCAGCACGGAUUCCAGGGCUUCUUUCAACGUCUUCUUUUGAUGGGAAGGUGCAGAUCUACAAUAUCGAGUCAUGCGGGGCAACAUCGGCGCUGGAGGAAGCUGGAUUUGGACAACAGGACGGGACAGCGCAGCCAUCGUUCAAGAGAGCGCCAAAGUGGUUGAGGCGGCCUGCAGGCGUCAGCUUUGGAUUUGGAGGAAAGCUGGUGACGUUCGGUCCUAAGAAAGCAACUAAUGACCCAGAGAUCACUGUCCGCAGCAUCAACACGGAUGGAGACCUUGCAAAGCGGUCCGAAGAGUUCGAGACCUCAGUCAAGGGGGCUGAGAAAGAGGGCAUGAAACAGUACUGCGAGGGCAAGGCGGCAUCAGCCACGAGCGAGGACGAGAAGGAGACCUGGAGCUUCCUGAGCGUCCUCUUCGGAGACGACCCCCGCCGCCAGCUUCUCAAGCACCUCAACUUCGAGCCCGCGCCCCCUGCAAGCGCAGCCGCCCCCACCGCUGAAGACCCCAGCACAGCUGCAGCUGCUGCCACCAACGGCGUUCAGGACUUGAGCUUGGACGCUGCAAAAGCGCAGACCGACACUUUGGCUGCUAUGGCGGUUGAAGAAAACGGGGAGAACGCGGACGGGUUGAAGGAGCCCGAGGAGGAGGACUUCUUCGAGAAGCUGCCGUCGACCCCGCCUGCUGACACGAAAGUGGUGGAGACGGUUCGGGCUCCGGAGGUAGCGGAGCACCACGUGGAGGACAAGCACGUGGCCGAGGACGACCCGUCGGAAAACGCAGUGCAGCGCGCGCUGGUGGUGGGCAACUACCAGGCUGCGGUGGACGUGUGCCUGAAGGCGGGAAGGCUGGCAGACGCACUGCUGCUUGCGUCGGUGGCGGGAAGCGACCUGUGGCAGUCGACCCAGACCGAGUACCUGAAGAGGGUCAAGCGCCCGUACACCAAGAUCAUCGCGGCCGUUGUCAGCAGUGACUGGCGGUCCCUGGUUGCCGAGCGGCCCCUGAGCCUUUGGAAGGAGACCCUGGCCCUCAUCUGCACCUACUCGGCCCAGGGCGACGAGUGCACCGCGCUCUGCGGGCAACUGGCCGCCAAACUGGCCGCCCGGCGGGACCAGGAGUUCCAGCAGGCUGCAACGCUGUGCUACAUGAUCGCUGGCGACAUCGAGAAGGCGGCGGCGCAGUGGUCCAAGGACCUGAAGAAGGUGGCCGGGAGCACCGAGGCGGGGCCCCCAGUGGACGCUAUUCAGGACGUGAUGGAGAAGGUGGUCGUUCUCGGCCUCGCCACUGGGCGCAAGAAGGUGUCGGCCUCACUCGCCCCUCUAGUUGGCACCUAUGCGGAGCUCCUCGUAAACCAGGGCCGGUUGGCCACGGCCAUGGAGUACCUCGCGCUGAUUCCUCCGGACGAGUCGGACGUCCGGCUCAAAGUCCUGCGGGACCGCAUCUACCGCAGCGGCCAGAUCGCGCCCGAGUCCGUCGAGGCGCCCGAGUUUCCCUUCGAGGGGGAGAGCGUCUCGGCCCCCGGUGUCGCAGCUCCGGCCAAUCCACAAGCGACAGCUGGCACCCAGGCGUACUAUGCACCCCAGCCCACGCAGCCGCAGCAGAGUCAAGCGUACCAGGGGGCUCAGUAUCAGCAGCAGACAGCCCCCCUGAACCCGUACGCACCAACGGCAAACCCAUAUGCUCCGGUCCCAGUAGCCCCAACGCAACAAAGUUGGCAGCAGUACAACGUUCAGAGUGCUCCACCUGCGCCUCCGCCAAGCGUGCCACCUUUCAACCCGGCAGGUCAUGUGGAGCAGCGGACUCAGCCCGGGUUCCAACCAGUGCAGCAACCCGCCCCCUUCGUGCCUAAGUACACCCCCCCUCCGACGAACAUGCCCCCCCCCUUCGUUCCCCAACAGCCCGAGGCCCCCUUGGCAGCCCCCCCACAGCGCCCGCCCCCGAGCUUCCAACCGAAAUCGUUCGAGGCCCCGAACCUCCCAAACCCUGCAGCAGCACAGGGGGCCCAGCCAGCAUACGGACACCAACCCCCCCAGCCUUUCAUGCAACCGGGGGUGCAGCAGCCGGCCCAGUCAUUCAGGCCGCCUCAGCAGUUCAUGCAGCCGACCCCGUCGGUCGUCGGCCCGCCCCCGGCCCCGGUAUGGACGCCCGGUGGCGCUAGCAAUUUUGCCCCCCCGCCGGCGGUUGCUCCGGCCACCCCCCCUCGCCGCCGUACUCAACUACCCACGACGUACCGCCGCCCCCCCGGGUUUACCUCCCCGUUUCCAAACCCCGGACCCCAACCCCC